AUGGAGGGGCUGGGGGGGCUGCUGGUGCUGGGGGCUGCCCUGCUGCUGGGAGCAGAGUGCAAAGGUCCUCCAGAGAAACCCACAUUUGGGGACAUCUACCAUGUCACAGGUGUCCUCAGCCUGCCCUACGCAGAGAUCCAGGAGCCCUUUGAAGCCUGGUACAACCUCACCGGGGGCAAGAGCCGCAUCCAGUACUACGGUGGUCAAGUUGUCACCUACCAGUUCGGCUCCAUCAAGCCCUUUGGCGCCAGCUUCAAGGUGACCCCCGAGACCACGGAGACAGAGGUCAACGUUCGCAAGUGCUUCUGCAUCAACGGCACCGACGGGGACCUCAUCACCCCACAGAGUGUCUUCCCCAGCCUGGAGAACUUCAAGCGGGUGCGGGAGGAGCGUUUCCGUGGGCAGCCCUGCACCGUCUGGCAGAACAUCUCCUACUGGGGCCACAAGAAGAACAUCAACACCCUGUGGGUGGGCAGCUCUGCCCACGGCCCCCGGCCCCUGCACUACGAGGUGCGCGGCUUCAACCGCCUCCUGGGCUCCCACUACGACCAGUAUGAGAUCCAUUACUCCUCCUUCAGCCACCACUUCCCCCCCAGCAUCUUCCAGCUCCCCCAGGGGGUGCAGUGUGAGCAGUGGCCCAGGGCUGGCCCCGAGCACCGCGUGGUGGCCAACCCCAUGCAGGAGUUUGUGGGGAGGGCGUCAGAGACGGAUCAGAUCCACCACCACCUCUUCCACCACUUCAAGGAGCGGUUUGGGAAGAGCUACAGCAGCCAGGAGGAGCACGAGCACCGCAAGCAGACCUUCAUCCACAACAUGAGGUUCGUGCACUCGAGGAACCGCGCGGCGCUCUCCUACACGCUGGCUCUGAACCACCUGGCCGACCGCACGCCCCGGGAGCUGGCGGCUCUGCGGGGCCGGCGCCGCAGCGGGACCCCCAACCACGGGCAGCCCUUCCCCAGCCAGCUCUACGCCGGCCUCAUCCUGCCCGAGAGCCUGGACUGGCGCAUGUACGGCGCCGUGACCCCCGUCAAGGACCAGGCUGUCUGUGGCUCCUGCUGGAGCUUUGCUACCACGGGGGCCAUGGAGGGUGCCCUUUUCCUCAAGACCGGCGUGCUGACCCCCCUGUCCCAGCAAGUCCUGAUCGACUGCUCCUGGGGCUUCGGGAACUACGCCUGCGACGGGGGCGAGGAGUGGAGAGCCUACGAGUGGAUCAAGAAACACGGCGGCAUCGCCAGCACCGAGUCCUACGGGCCCUACCUGGGGCAGAACGGCUACUGCCACUACAACCAGUCGGAGCUGCUGGCCCAGCUCUCUGGCUAUGCCCUGCUGGAGCCGGGCAGCUCGGCGGCGCUGAAGGCCGCGCUGGCCAAGCACGGCCCCGUGGCCGUCAACAUCGACGCCUCACACAAGUCCUUCGCCUUCUACGCCAGCGGCGUCUAUGAGGAGCCCCUCUGUGGAAAUGAGGUGUCAGCUCUGGACCAUGCAGUGCUGGCCGUGGGCUACGGGGUCCUGCAUGGCAAGAGCUACUGGCUCAUCAAGAACUCCUGGUCCACGUACUGGGGCAACGAUGGCUACAUCCUCAUGGCCAUGAAGGACAACAACUGUGGCGUGGCCACUGCUGCCUCCUUCCCCAUCCUGGCCUGA